AGAAAAACCCUCUACUCACAGCACACCCCUUUUGUCAUGUGAUGCAAUUUUAUUCAGCUAUUUAAAGGCAUCUGGUGGUUCUCUCUUGCUGAAUUGUUGUUAAGCUAAGCUUGGUGGGACUUUGCAGCUUUGUUCAUUGGAGUGCAAGGAGAUUGUAGAAAUGCAGCAUCGCCUGACUGCAACUGGACUGAAUAUCCAUCUUGAAAAUGGCUUUCAGCUGAGGGGGAGCAUCUUACCAGACGCCAAAGAUUUCCUUGUGGACCUGGGCAAAGACCCUGACAACAUUGGGCUUCGCUUCCAUGUGCACUUUGCCAGCGAUGAUGCGAUGAUGAACACCGUUGUCUGUAACUCCAAGCAGGAUGGGGUGUGGGGAGAAGAAGCGAAAACCUCACUCUUCCCAUUCCAAAGAGGGAGCAGAGUUAAGAUCAUCUUCAGCUUCCAUAGUUCUAAUUUGAUGGUGAAAGUAGAAGAAGCUCCUGAGAUGGUUAGAGUAAGAGGAACUCCUGCGCGGCCUAAAUUGAUAGAAGGUUCUUUCCUGAAGCUGGAUCCGCUAGGAGUUGUUGCAACCCACUACCCCAGCCAAUGGAAUUUAGAGGUAUACUUCUUCAACCGCAUGGGCCUAAAAGCUAUCCAGUAUUUCUCGGUGGAAGGAGACUUCAAAAUCAAAGGCCUCAAAUAUAUCGGAUCUUCUCUGCUUGUCUGAUUUCGCUAUGUAGUAGUUGAAUAAACUCCAAAUGUUUCCUUCAAACCA